AUGUUCGCAUCCAAGGAAAGAGAAGGUGCUUCGUCGCCAGGGCCUGGAGCCUAUUAUUCACAGUCCCAAAUGAAAAACUACCUACAAGACCUUCGCACAAACCGCCCCGCCCGUCCUACUGGAGCACGUCCUGCGCCCGCACAUUUCAACACUUGGUCUAGUAGAACACCCAACCGGAAUUCCGAUUCAUCAGCUGUGGCUGCGCUACAACGUACCUUCACGGACCCCGCUGCCGAUGCCGACGCUCAACCCUCUGCCUCACAAGAGCCAGGGUCGCACAGCCGAACAACGUCAAGGACCAGCAUGGAAAAGAUCGGAGGCCCUGGACGGCCACUUGUACAGGCGCCUCGCGGGAGAGAAACCUCACGAUCCUCCUCGCAUACGCGAACGCCAAGUAUGAUAUACCGAGAACGCCAGGAGCGACAGGUGGAGCAGGAUGAAGCCCGCGCUAUACGCGCAGCCAUGGAGGAUCUAGAGCUUGCGACGGAGGGGAAGAUAUACGAGGCGGCACGAGACGAAGCUGCAGAGCUAGUCUGGAAGCACCGCAAUCCAAAUGCAGCGGAGAAUAACCCGCACGCGCCAUACUCCUAUCCUGGCCUGGGUAGGGAGAAUAGCACACAGCGAAGUCGGAGUGUUGAGCCCAAGGAUCAGGAUCUGCAGCGGGCCAAUUCCAAGCUGCGAAAGCGACAUUCGAUGGGAAGUGCUGCCUCGGGGAGCAGGAGCAGUAGCUUGCAGAGCACCGGCCCUGGAGGAAACACGGAUGCAUCUACCACUGGGAAUGAGACGUCGGCCACUUCGCCAACCAAGGGGUGCUUUGACCUCAAGGGCAAGAAGUUUGAGUCGCCGGCAUUAGCCAAAGCCAUCUCGGAUCUGCCGGACUUUAAGCAACGGCGGAGAAGCAGUGGUUCUCGUCGUACUGCCAGUGGAAGCCUCUUCCAAAACCCCAACGAUCAAAUUUACGAGGAACCUGAAGAAGAAACAUCGCCUGCUCCUCGACCGAAACCCGCCCCCGAACCAUCGAAAACUGAGAAGUUACCAUUGGGAGUAAGACGGAACCCCUUUAUGCGAUUCCAAUCUAUUAAGAGCAAUCCGUUGGUACGCUCAAGCACCGAUCCUACUGUGGCCUCGAAGCGGCUUGACCGCUAUGAGAUACAAAAGAACCCACCAACCCAGUCUCGAAAUGCCGGCUACACGUUGAACUCUGCUGUAUCGAAGCCAACCGACAAGGACAAGGCAAAUGCGGAGAACUUGCCCGAAGUGAAGAUGAAGGACGGCAAGGAGAUAAGAAGUGAGGAGCUACGCGCUGCGACCGGAUUUCGCCUCAAGGACCGUAGUCCAAAGCUUCCUACGCCUACUGCUGUUUCCGAUGCUCCAGGGCGACCAAUCGUGUCUUUCAAAAAGGACUGGAAUGUUGUCGAACUGAAAGAAGUCGUUUCGACGCUGUCUGAUCCAGCACCGGUUCCUUCCAACCAAACCAAAUCUGGCCAACCUCCCCUGAUGCACGCUGCAAUGGCCCCUGACGUGCCUACUAUAAGUUUAGCACCGGAUGUGCCCAAAAGAAGUACCACACCAAUACCUCCAGUCCCUGAGAUCAACAUUCCUGAGCCCAGUAACGGCCUGGCACCCGAAAUUCCUAAACGAAGCACCACACCAAGACCACCUGAGACUCCGGCAAUCAAUGUCUCCUCUAGCAACACCAUUUCAGCGCUGCGAGGCGGCAAAUUUGAUAGGCCCGCUAUCAGUGUUCGUGAAGAUCCUCCAGCACCAGCGCGACCCCUGCCACUGACCAGUUCGCUGAGGAAAGCUCAAAUUCCAACGCGUCCCUCCGUGGCACCCAUACCCACUAUAAAUGUCCCUGAUUCUUCGCCCUCACGUUCUAGGACUACACCCGCACCAAGCGUUCCUUCCAUCUCGGUUUCGGAGACACCAUCGAGUCGAAGCUACCAUAGACCCUCGUCGAGCGUCACAGCGCCUGUCCCAAGUAUAUCAGUCAGCAACUCACCAUCUUUUGGACGGGGAUCAUCCUCAGCUUCUAGGUCUAUGACACCUGACAUUCCAUCAAUAUCGGUCAGUGAAUCGUCUGCUCCCAAGCGCGGGUCAAGAGGAAGUGCCCCGCCCAUCCCAAGUAUAUCAGUGAGCGAGACGCCUAUGCCAAGAAGAGGAUCUACUGUGCCCUCUAUCAACGUGACCCCUGAUGUUCCAAAGAUUUCUGUCAAUCAGUCUACAGGAUCCGCCCGGGGACGACACAAUAACGUUCCUUCAAUCUCGGUUAAUCCUUCGGUGCCUUCAAUCAACGUGAACACGCCAAAGGGCUUUGGACCUGCAGCUUCUGCACGGCCUCUACCAGUACCAGGUGCUCAAAACAAAUCGCACAGCUACAGUGGCUCUGGAUCCGGUCGCACUCACUGGACGCCGACCACGGUGCGCACAGGUGCUCUCUGUACUCAAUGUGCGCUACCCAUUGCAGGCCGCAUAGUCUCUGCAGGAGGCUCUCGCUUCCAUCCAGAAUGCUUCACAUGCUAUCAAUGUGGCGAGCACCUUGAGUGCGUAGCUUUCUACCCGGAACCAUCCAACAAGCACGCCGAACGUGUCCAGCGCAUUCGCGCCCGUCUCACAGGCUAUGACAUUCCGUUCCUGCCCUCGCACCCUACAGCCGAAGACAUGGCUCGUUUGGAGCAUGAUGAUGGCACCGAUGAAUCUCCACGGUUCUACUGCCACCUCGACUUCCACGAGCUCUUCUCUCCACGAUGCAAGAGCUGCAAAACGCCCAUUGAAGGCGAGGUCAUUGUAGCAUGUGGUGCAGAAUGGCACGCCGGCCACUUCUUCUGCGCUCAGUGCGGUGAUCCUUUUGACAGCACGACGCCUUUUGUCGAGAAAGACGGGUACGCGUGGUGUGUCAAUUGCCACACGCAUCGGUACAGUACAAAGUGCAAGGGCUGCAGGAAACCGGUUACAGAUACGGUUGUCAAGGCCCUUGGAGCGGAGUGGCAUACUAAUUGCUUUGUUUGCGUGAUUUGCUCUGGCCCCUUUGAAGAUGGAAGGUACUUUCUACGUGGUGACACGCAAGAUCCCGUCUGUGUGAGAUGUGAAGAGAAACGACUGAAGGCUUGA